CACAAAGAUAACAGGAAUUCUGGGCCUUCAAUAUCAUGGGCUUUGUAUGCCAUGAGAUAAAGCAGACACGCUAUCAAAUGCAAGACGGUGUCAGAGGAGACUAAUGGAACUAAGCAAUUAAUGUAAACUGGGUGUUCAAUAAUUCUGCAGACAAGCUGGAUGUCAUGGUAUUUCCAACAAAUAAUUACAAGAUGAAAUGUUUCCAUUGAUUUGAAGAGCCUGAUGUCAGUGUUUUGGACUUGACCAAGUAGGAAGAGUCCAACAAAAAGGCAGAGGCUGAGAGAGGCUCACACACCCUCUAAUCUCCUCAACACUCUACACUGUCCUGCAGCACACAUGAUCACAAACACACACACACAUACACACUCACACUCACACACACACAUACUCCAGAUCUCCUUCUCCUCUCUCUUGAACUAAACAUGCUCUGUUGGGAAUUAUGUUUAGCCCUACUGAUCACCGGCUUCUCAGUGUGGGCUCUGCCUUCAACUAACAUCAAGAUCACACAAGCACUGCCCCUGCAACUGUCAGACUCAAACCAUCCUGUGACAUGUCCGCUCUUCUGGACUGAAUUUGAGGGUUACUGUUACCGCUUCUUCCCCUUGAACCGCACGUGGGCUGAGGCAGAUCUAUACUGUGCCGAGUUCUCAAACGGACACAAAUCUGCCAAACUCACCUCCAUCCACAGCUGGGAAGAAAAUGUGUUUGUCUAUGAUCUUGUGAACAGCCGUGUACCAGGAAUUCCAACAGAUAUUUGGAUCGGCCUUCAUGAUAGAAGACAGGAGGGCACUAUGGAAUGGACAGAUGGGUCACCCUAUGAGUACAGUUACUGGGAUGGAAAUCAACCAGAUGAUGGCAUCCAUCGCAUCCCUGAGGAGGAGGACUGUGUGGAGAUCUGGUACAGACAAAACAGUGCACUGAGGUCUUGGAACGACAACAGUUGUGAUAAGGCAUUUCCAUUCGUCUGCAAGAUUCCUACACUGGAAACCUAACUUCAGAUCCAAGAUUGUUUAUCCAAUUCUUUACGAUCAACAAUUAAAUCACAACAUCACUCAAUCACAGUGCAGCAACAAGAUGUCUGCUCAUCUCCAUCCUGCAGUGAUGAAGGGCUCUUUCCAGCCUGCUAUGGGCAUUCAUUUGCAUUUCUUUCUACGUCCUCCCAUCACUGUUAUUAUAGUGCUGUUUUCUUGGUCCUUUGGGGCCAUUAAUAAAACAUACAUUCCUGUUCCAGAAAUGAACCCUUUUGUAAAUCAGAAGUGCUGUUGAUAAUAUUAUACAUUAAAGUUGGUGAUAUUAUGGCGAAUUACAGUUAGAG